UUAUUUUUAUAGACUUUUUCUAAAGUACCGUCAGUAAGCAGUGAUAGCAGUAAUAACAAUAGACAAACAGCCAUUUUUAUAAGCAUAGAGCUAGUGAAAUAUUGCAAGACACUCAUCAAGCCGCUGGGGGAGGAAGUGUCAGGAUGGCACCCAACGGACGAAUUCGCAAGCGUAAACAUAAAAUCCAUACAAGUGGCGACAUGCCGACGACAACAAGAGCAACUACAACAACAGCAACAACAACGGCAACAGCAACCAUAACGCCAACCGAAGCUGAAGCUAAUUUAAGCAGCAGUGAAGCAACGUUAGGAGCGGCCUCUUCAGGUUCCCGGCCGUGGCCCAUGUCGGAUGCUGCAAGCAGCUCCAAUAAUUUCACGCAUAAUUUGGUCGAUUUGCGAAAACUCUUGAAUUUCAAUGAAUUGCAAGGCAGUAGCAACCCCAGCCACAACAACAACAAUAUCAAGAAGAGCAACAGCAGCAGCAAUGACAGCAGUUUCUCAAGUAUAUCGAGUGCUAUUAAAAUGAAUAACGGUGCCAUUACGGACACACUUUUGGGCACUGUCUUGACCACAGCAACAGCGACAGUGGUGCCCGCCGCCAGCUCCUUGUUAUCAACAAUUGCCGCCGUCAACAACAGUCUCAACAGCAGCAGCAGCAGCAGCACAACAAGCACAUCCGCAUUUGCCGUUGUAUCCGCAUCUUCCACUUCCCCUAGCCAGCUGGCAAUGGCCUCGCUUCAAACUGUCAUAGCCAUGCCAAGCGGCACCUCAUCCACCUAUUACGCCAACUUGCUGAGCAUGUCGCCGGCCACCACCAGCCUGCUCUCGGCAGCAGCAGCCACCAGAUCCUACAACGACAGCAUGCUACGCUGGGAGUCGCUCGAUGGUACUGUGGACUUUGGUUUCGAUCCGCUAUAUCGCCACUCCCUGGCCAUGUCCAUUGUUUAUUGUGUGGCAUAUAUUCUUGUCUUUCUGGUGGGUCUCGUCGGCAACAGUUUCGUGAUUGCUGUGGUCCUUCGCGCUCCUCGAAUGCGCACCGUUACCAACUACUUUAUUGUCAACCUGGCCAUUGCGGACAUCCUAGUGAUUGUGUUCUGUCUGCCGGCCACACUCAUUGGGAAUCUCUUUGUGCCCUGGAUGCUUGGCUGGUUGAUGUGCAAAUUUGUGCCCUAUGUACAGGGUGUCUCGGUGGCGGCUUCGGUUUACAGCUUAAUUGCCGUUUCGCUAGACAGGUUCAUUGCCAUCUGGUGGCCGCUGAAGCAGAUGACAAAGCGACGUGCACGCAUUAUGAUAAUCGGCAUAUGGGCAAUCGCUUUGGUUACCACCAUACCCUGGCUAUUAUUCUUCGAUCUGGUGCCCGCCGAGGAGGUAUUCUCAGAUGCGCUUGUCUCCACCUAUUCGCAGCCGCAGUUCCUCUGCCAGGAGGUUUGGCCCCCCGGCACCGAUGGCAAUCUUUACUUCCUGUUGGCCAAUCUGGUUGCCUGCUAUCUGCUGCCCAUGUCGCUUAUCACACUGUGCUAUGUGCUCAUUUGGAUAAAGGUCUCCACGCGCAGCAUACCCGGUGAAUUGACGAAGGAUGCCCAGUUGGAUCGCAUGCAGCAGAAGAGCAAGGUUAAGGUCAUCAAAAUGCUGGUAGCCGUGGUUAUACUCUUUGUAUUGUCCUGGCUUCCACUCUACGUCAUCUUUGCGCGCAUCAAGUUCGGCUCGGACAUAUCGCAGGAGGAGUUUGAGAUACUUAAGAAAGUAAUGCCGGUAGCCCAGUGGCUAGGUUCCUCCAACAGCUGCAUCAAUCCCAUUCUGUACUCCGUUAACAAGAAAUAUCGACGCGGCUUUGCGGCCAUCAUUAAGUCGCGCAGCUGCUGCGGACGACUCAGAUACUAUGACAAUGUGGCCAUUGCCUCCUCGACCACCAGCACACGCAAGUCCUCGCAUUAUCACGCCAAUAGCUCUCGCAAGAGUCCCAGCAGUCCUGGUUUGCGCAAGACCAAUGCAGUCUCCUACAUUUAUGAGCACAACUCGCUGCGUCGCCACAACCUAAUGAUGAAGCAGGACAGCAACUUGUCGCAACAAAUGUUGCUUAAGCAGGACUCCCACGGCUCGCGUCAAUAUCUCAUUAAACAGGAGAGCUCCUGCAGUGAUGCAUCCGGAAAUCGGCGUCUUCUUUGCCAGCAGGACAGCAAUGGUAGCAAGAUCUCAUUGUCCAAGCAGGAUUCGAUUGUCUCCUAUAUGGAAGCACGCCGUGCAGCGGCGCUGAAUAACCAAGAGUCCACAGUCACUCAACAAGACACAAUUUCCAUAGAGUCGCGUCGACCGGCAGCAUCAGCUGCGCUCAUGGAUAAGCGUCAAAAGUUUGUUAAGCAAGAUUCGGUAAUUUCUUUUGUAGAUCAGCGACCAGAGCCGCGACGUCAUCAGCUGGUUAAACAGGACUCGGUCAUCUCGUUUGCCGACCAGCGCCGUGGUAUACUUAUCAAACAGGACUCGUUGAUUGCAAAUCGUUCCGGCGAUGCGCCCACCCAUCAUGUGUCCAUACUAAAGAAAACCGACUCGCAGCUAAGCUAUGGCAGCUCCUCGCCCCGCCGCAAUGUCGAGUUACAGGAGUAAAUUUGAGUAUAAAAUUUACACACAUAUUUAAACAAACAACACUAAGUCAAGCAAACAUACAUACAUAUUUGGAAUAAUAUAUAAAACUUUAUAUUUGUUAUGGGAAUAAGUGUGCGUGGGCCAGCAGAGUGGGUGACGGGGGGUGUGUGAGCGCGUGUGGUACUGUGAUAGGAGCGGAAGAAGCUGGUGGCAAGGGUUUGGACCAAUUUGUUUAGGGGCGGGGCUUAGUUAAUAAACCGGAUUGCUUAGACGGUCACACAGAGACACCAAUUUAGACAUUAGAUGUUUUAUACGUGUUCCAAUAGUUCUAUAUAAACCUAUACACGCACACAGACACACAGAGACAAACAAAAAACACACAUACGCAAGCAUGAUUAGCUAGUACACAGACACAAACACACAUAUAUAUACGUAUAUACAUGGAACUACUCUUAACUAUACUUAUUCGUACGUAUACGUAACGUUACACAGUUUUAAGAUUGUUUGUACUCGUAAAUUGCUAUGGGGAAAGAGAUGCAAAGUUAGAGAGCGAAAGGAACAGCAGUCAGCGGGUUGUAGAGUAAGAGAGAGAGGGUGCAAUUUUUUUACUAUCAGCAGGCGAUUCAAGCUAAACAUUUUCUACUAAAGCCAGAGUGAAACGUAUCCUUGAUACGGCCGGAACAGUCCAGUAUCAAAUUUGAGAAAAAAUAAUGCAAGUACACAUAAAUAUAAAGAUAAAAGUAA